AGUUCCUGAUCCUAUGUUGGUUAUGAUGGAAUGAAAACUUUUGAUGUUGAUUAAUUUAAUAUGUCUAUAUCUAGAUAAUUAGUUGGUCAGAGUAUUUUGAAGAAAGGUGGUUUGCUUGUACCAGGACAUGCUGUUGAGGAGAGAAAAUUUUGGUAAAAUAGAAAUUUAAAGUUAUUUUCAACUCGGGCUUUACCCAGUAGUUGUUGCAGAUCCUGAAACGACAUAUAAGGUUUAAAUUCAAAGG